UAGGCAGCCUAGGCAGCCAUGACUUCCAUUCCAUUAGUCCAACCAUGCUGGCCACUCGGGCGGUGGUGGGUCAGCGCUAACCAUGCUAUCUUCAGCGCUACUCGAGUUCCCUUCAAGGCGCAUGACGAAGUGCCUCUGGUACCGGGAUGACUUUCAUUUGUCUUAAGCGCCGUGGUUCUUCCAAGAAAUUUUCAUGUCAUGAACUUGGGCUGCCCUGACCGUAAGCUGUGGGAGGCCUUUAAAUACGAAAAGCCUAUGCAACGUAGUCUUCUCCAUCUUGUUAUCCUCAGCUUCAUGGAUACUCCCUCUUUGGUUUCACCCAACAACGAUAUCGAAUUAUCGGAGCUGGGAUCCUCUGACUCUGAUACACGUCCCCCAGAUGGCGGGUACGGUUGGAUAUGCGUCGGCUGCUCUUUUAGUGGUCCACUUCUUCGCUUUGGGGAUUGAAUCCUCCUGGGGCGUAUACCAGAGUCAUUACCUCACGUCACAAGACGUAGGUGCUGUAUCUAAUUCGGAUCUCGCUUGGGUUGGGUCUAUACAAGCGACCGGGCAGCCUCUGGUUGGUUUCGUAGCUGGCAUCCUGGCGCAGCGUAUCGGUUUCAGAGUUACCGGGUUUAUCGGGACGUGUGUUAUGUGCCUAGCAUUGAUCAUCGCGUCGUUCUCAACGCAGGUAUGGCAUCUGUAUUUGACUCAAGGGUUGCUGUUCGGCAUUGGAAGCGGCUUCGCCUUUAUUCCAGCCGUGUGCAUUCCGUCCCAGUGGUUCACCAAACAUCGAGGACUGGCGACCGGGAUAGCAGCCAGCGGAUACGGUGUUGGAGGCUUAGUGCUCAGUCCCAUCACACAGAAACUCAUCGAUCACCUUGGCUUUCGUUGGGCGCUUCGCAUUACCGGUCUCAUGACCCUGGUUGCUCUUGGUAUAGCCGAUGUGUUCCUUCGCGCUCGGGCUUCCGUAGUUCCGCCUAGAAAGGUUGAUCGGUCUUUGCUGAUGAACAAAGUAUUCCUCGCCCUUUGCUCCAUCGGAUUGUUCAGCGGUCCUGGAUUUUAUGGUCCUAUAUUCUAUGUACCCGACUAUGUUGUUAACAAACUGGGGCGUAAUGCACAGGAUGGCGCCAAUGCUGCUGCUCUCAUAUCGGGCUUUUCGGCCACAGGUCGCGUGCUUCUAGGUAUCGUUGGCGAUCGUUUUGGCCACUUGUAUGUUCUAGCCCUGUGCCAAUUUUUGGGGGGUAUUGGUCAGAUGGCCAUAUGGCCUUUCACCCAUAACCUCGCAGGACUGAUGGCUUUCACUUCAUUUUAUGGAUUCUUUACUGGUGGUUAUGUCAGCUUGUAUCCAGUCGUUGCUGCCGAUCUGUAUGGCGUCGAAGGUCUGGCGAGCAUUACCGGCGUCAUGUUUGCUAGCUUUGUGCCAGGCACUCUGAUCGGCCCUCCGGUCUCUGGAGCAAUCCUUGACCGGUACACCAAUCCAAUUACUAGUAAAAUCAACUUCCUUCCUGUACAAUUGUUCGGUGGAAGCUGGUUGUUAGCGUCGGCUGCUAUGGCUGUAAUGGUACAUGUACUUCAGCGCUCGGCUAGAGGGUCACCAAGGGCGCUUCAGUGAAAGUAUAUGGGUCCUUGGGGAACGGGAUGGGUUUAGUUUGGCGGUCUUCAAUAGUGCUUACUUGUGAAGAGUCAAUGAAGGCUCCUGUCGUCCUUCAUGCCUGCAUACUUCUGGC